AUGAAGACGUUCAUCUUGAAACGGAAUCGGUAAGUCAUUUUCUACUAAAGUAAACUUUGGUGAAGUAUUUUUUAAAAUUAUUUUGUUGAUUUUUAAGGAACUUUGGGGCUUGAUAGCAUGGUAACUCAAAAUUUUGUUCUCAGUCAAACGAGGACAAUUCCUGUUCUGCUUCGACCUUAUUGACUUCAAACUUUUAAUAUAGAAAGAUUAUAUAAGUAUAAAUUCUAAAACAAAGUACUAAAUUGCAAUUUCAAUCUCGUGAAAACCGCGAUCAAAAAAUUCCGUUUUGAAUUUCCCGCCAAGUUGGCAUUGUGUCUCAAGCUUAUAACAUUGCCAUUUUUCGACUUUUAAUAAUUUUUCUUUGAUAUACUAGUAAAAACCUUUAAAUACACCUACAUUUUUAAAUUUGUAAGCGUAGCUUGUCUGAAAAGUUAGAAAAAGUGGUUGAAACACAAUGCCAAAUUUGCCAACUUGGCGGGAAAUCCAAAGAUUUUAAUUAUUAGAACUAAAAAGAGCAAGCUAAAAACUUCUAUGGGUACUAUUAGUAGCACAAUGAACUAUUAUAAAAAUUUGGAGCUGGUACUAAGUGAAGCAAGUCUGGUACUUCUCUUGUAAGCCUAGUAUUACUUUCGGUUCAACCUAAUAUAUAGUAUGUUAAUCUAAAACUUAUUGUCAUCCUAAACAAGUAGCACCUCGUCACAAACAUGUUGAUCAACAAGUUUCAAGAACCUUUAAAAAGUGUUAGUUUAAAAACAGCUCUGCAUCGAACAGGUGCUCUUCUGACCCUUGGCACUUUAAAAACAGAUGAGAGUUGGCUUGCAUGAGGCCAUUUAUUCGAUCUGAUCUUUAAGAAUUUUGUUUUCCGAUCAAUAAAAGUGGUAUAUUAACAAGGUUCUCGUUAGUUUAGGUUUAGUUUUUCAAAAACUGUUUAGAUUUUUUCAAUUUAGUAACGACUUUUAAUUUUGCAGUGAAAUCAGUGAUCCAGACAUAAUGGACAAGAUUCAAAAAGACAUCGAUCGAGCGGCCAAAGACUUUCAAAGAGAAGCCCAAAAUGUCACUAACGGUAAGAAACAUAUGUUACUGUAUUGUUACUUGUUUUAUAAUAUUAAAAAUGAUUAGUAAUUUUUUCAAAAGUUACAAAUUUUUUGAAACACCCUGUAAAUCAAAAAACUAAUAAAAAUUAAAACAAAAAAUUUUUGAAAAAUUUUUGUGGCUGCGUUUACUCAACGCCUGGAAGGUUUCACCUAUAGCUCAAGGCAGGCCCAAUCGUACAGCCGAGCUGAUAUUAUACGACCUGUUUCUCAUCCCUACUUUUAAAACACAUUGGCUCAUCGUAGUUAUUAAACAACACAAAAGGUCAAUUUUUAUAUUAAAAGGCAGCUUUAGAGUAGGUGAUUAAUGAAAUCAAGAAAAUGCUAGUAAAAUAAACAAAGUUUUUGAUUUUUGAAGCUCCAUACCUUGCCUUUAAAAUUUAAGACCACAACUAUUCAGUCAGAACUAAUAUUAGGCAGUUCAAAUAAUUCUGUGCCUAUAACGCCAAAAAUUUUUUUGUGAGGAAGCACAAAACCAUUUGAACAACCUAAUAAAACAAAAUUUUGAGUUUUCCGUUUUUUUUAUUUUUACCAAAGGACGCGGUCUUAUGCAAAUUAUCCUGCCAUUUUCAAAAUCGUUUUUUCAUUAUUCGAAAUUUUUGUUACUUAUUAUUGGACUUUCUGAGCUGUGUGGUCGGAAAUUGAGAAGUCAACGGUAUGUUACUAUGUAAAAUAUGUUAUGUCUUGCUUUAGGGUUUGAUUGUAAUGUAAAAUACGGUCUAAGAAUGUAUAAGGUUUAUAUUACGUUUUUCACAUAAUUCUGUGCCCCUAACUACAAGAAUUUGCUUUGAGAGGGGGCUCUGAUUUAUUUGAACAACAAUGUUUAUAAAAAAAAAACAAGUAGUUGUUUUUUUAAAAGCUUUAAGGUUACAGUAAUCUACCGUAAUAAUAUACUGUUUGGCAAUGCCUUUGAAUUUCCUAUAAUAGAAAUGUAGUGUUCUGUAAAUUUUUCUAAAAUUUUUUAAAUUUUGCUUCAUUUUCAGCUGUCAACUCGAAACUAAACGACAUGUCCACCUACUCUCAUCGUACCAUCGACUACACCUACCCGAGUGUCAUCUACCAACUCCGUUCAGCUCAUCUCGGCGCUCUCUUCGUUCAAGCCUUCACCUUGUACUUGUGGUCGCGGACCCUGGGCUUGUCCGGCUUCCUGUUGCCAUUCAUUUUCAUUUGUCUGAACGUGUACUUGGUAUUCAGAAGAUGGUACUACUCGAUUGACGGCCGCUACGACUUUCAAAAGUUUCUCGGCGUCAACAAGCCUCAACUCAAGCUUCAUUACUUUAUUGGUAAGGAAACGCUUUAUAUUUGCCUUUAGCGUUUUAAAAUUUAAAAUUUAUACUUUUUAGGUGUUUUUGAGCUAUAUACCUAUAGUAUUACUUAAAAUACAAAGUAAAAUCGUUAAAAUAGCAUUUUUCAAAUCAUGAAUACCAAAUUUUGUUGAUAUAGUAAUGUUAGCAUAGUUAAAAUAAAUGACUUUUGCCGUGCUUCCGUGGCGCAAUCGGUUAGCGCGUUCGGCUGUUAACCGAAAGGUUGGUGGUUCGAGUCCACCCGGGAGCGAUUAUCUUUUUUGCUUUUUUAAUGCAUUUUGAUAAUAUGGCAAUUUAAAGAAUUUUAAACGUGAUCAAAAUUCUAUAAAUACCUUUUUUGUACUGUUUUAUGAAAACAGUUCUAAAUAAAAAACCUAUUUUCGAUGAAAAAAGUGCAAUUUUAGCCUGUUUCGCCUAGGUUUUCUCGAUGUUUUUAUCUAAUGAACUAAUACCCCACUUUUUCAGCCCUAUUCGCAUCUGCCAUUCUCACACUGUUGGCACAUUUCUUCGGACCGGAUCUUGAGGGCGGCAUCACGACUUUCCUGUACAACCUGAGCAACUACCUGAGUUUGUCGUGCUCGUUGUGCAUUCUGUUCGUCGAUUGUUACGAAGGCUACAAGUCCAAGAAUUUCUGA